GACCCUGCAGGUGCAGCAGAGAUUUUUCAGUAAUGUGCAGUGCAGUCGCGUUCACAGGAGCGCGAGGGCAGCUGCUACAGCGUCCCUCUCGCGCAGCUGCUCCGCUAUAUUCUAAACACUGAUCGCGAUUUCGGAAACAAAAACAUUGUCUGGGAUCAUCGUUCCUGGCUUCUCCGCGACGCAACGCAGCAUCGCUCCUCCUCAUCACCGGCGCAUCCAGCCGACAUGGCCUCAUCCGUGAGCGGAACGGAGGAAGUACGCGUGUCGGCGUUGACGCCCCUGAAGUUGGUGGGUCUGGUGUGUAUUUUCCUCGCGCUGUGCCUGGAUGUUGGGGCCGUGCUGAGUCCGGCGUGGGUCACCGCGGAUGACCAGUACCACCUGUCCCUGUGGGAGUCGUGCAGGAAGCACGCUGCCUCCGCGGACUGGCUGUGCGACAGCACGCUGGGGCAGAAAGGGACCGACUGGCAGAUUGCCACAUUGGCUUUGUUGUUGGGUGGAGCGUUCCUUAUCCUCCUUUCCUUCCUGGUGGCCCUGGUGUCUGUCUGCAUUCGCUCCAGGAGACGCUUCUACCGACCGGUUGCUGUUAUGCUCUUUGCCGCAGUGGUCCUACAGGCCUGCUGUUUGGUGCUGUAUCCCAUCAAGUUCAUCGAGACCAUCAGUUUGAGAAUAUACCACGAGUUUAACUGGGGCUACGGUCUGGCCUGGGGAGCCACCAUCUUCUCCUUUGGAGGAGCGAUUCUCUACUGCCUAAACCCCAAGAACUAUGAAGAUUACUACUAAACAUGCUACAACACCCACAAUGCACUUCAAUGUCCGCUUCACUGAUGUGAUAGCAGCUCAUGCACUGAACGUUAGUUCGGAACUGACCCUUGACUUUGCAAACACACACAAAGACCCUUAAUAUGCAGGACAAUGCCGAGCUGUUAGAUACAUAGAUUAUAAUUAUUUUUCCCUCAGAUUACUCUAUCACGCAGUUAAACCCCACCAUCAAACUCUCAUUCUUUUUCUGUAUGUCAUCUCUCUCUCUUCUCAUGUCAGUCUAACACCUCUGAUCUUCUUCUGACUGUCAGAUGAGCAUCUAUGUUCACAGGAAUACUGCCAGUCUGUGAUGUAAUCAGUGGGGAACCUCCAUCUGUGGUGGGAUCUGAAACAAGGCAGACAGAAGUCUACAAUUCUGACAGAAUAAAACUGUCAUGAUAGACGUGUCUUGAGACCUGAAAGAUUCAAAAUAGAGGGUUUAAAGACUAAAUUAAACUGGUUAGAAUGCACCCGAAAACAUAAAGUUUAAAAAUCAUGCAGCUUGAAAUAAGAAACAGUGUUAUUGGUACAGUAAAGUACUAAUCAGCCAAACUAAAGACAUCUGUGUAAUUGUAAACUGGUUAAAAAAAUCUUAUGCUUAAGGUGUGUCACGCUUGCAAGAUUUUGCAGGCAAAAAAAGAUCCAAUGUCAAAUAGCUUUAAGUCACGUUCAAACCAAGCAGCUUUGUGUUGGUCAGCGUGGGGAAUUUGUGUAACCGACUUGAAUACGAGGAAAAUCUGCUUCAUGUAAAACUCACGAUUGCACAGAUUCCUAUUGAAAUGAAUGGAUUUCGGCACAAAAUUUCACUGAUCAACAGUAAAUUUUAGUAAUGGUUAAAAAAUGAUUACAUAACUUUCGAAGGCCCAUUGUCUACUGUCAAUAGUGUAGUGAUGUAUGAAGCACGACACACACAGAAAUCACUUUUAAACCAAGAAACGUUCUGUUUGCCGAUGUGGCAAAUUCACAUGACCAAUUUGAAAAAGUUGCGAAAUAUUUCACUCUCACGUGAAAUUCUCAUUUGCUUGGAUUUCUAUUGAAAUUAUCAUUUUUAAUUCGAAAACAUUGUGUUGGUCAAUGUGGCGAAAUCACAACCAAUUUGAACCCAUUGUAAAAUUCCACACUCCCAUGAAAUUUCCCUUUAACCACACAAUGUGACCACACCUUUAUCCAUAGAUGUGCAUCCAAGCAUAAUUGCUCUCAUAAAACACUAAGAAAAACUGAUGUUACUUUAAGCACAGAUCAUGUACAUAGCACAUGAAUUGUCACCAUAUUUGUGCACAUCUGGAAACAUACGCAUAUCUCUCAUUCAGUUUAAAAGGGAUUUGGUAGAAGAUACUUUACAUUAUAGAAAACCUAGGUCUUGUGGUGUAACCAAGCCUUGCAUAUAGACUAGUUUUUUGACUGGUAUCUGAAGAGUGAUUAUUAGUCUUUUGCAUAAGUAUCCAAACAGGUAGUUAAAGGCAGACUGUAGGGUUGUUGUUUUUUAGCACUGUCAGUCUGUUGUGUGCAUGUUGGUGUGUCUGAAUGAGGGUGCAUGUAUCGUUUGAGUGAUUGCGUUCUUUCUGUUGGGAUUUUUCUGUCCCGAAUACAGUUGUGACAUGUUGUACUAAUUUAUAUACUAACCAAAUAAACAUAAAAAAAGAA